GGCGGGCCGGGGCAGCGCGGUCUGGGACUCGGAGCCACCGGGGCGCGCGGCCGGGCGCAGCCCACGUGCGUCCGCGCCACGUCGCGGUCGGCCCCGCGGCUGAGCCCCGCGGCGGAGCGGCGCCCCGGCGCCCCGGACUAGCCCCCAACUUCGGGCGAAGUUUGCCAGCGCCUCUCCCCGCCCCCACGCGGCGCGCCGGGGCCGCGGAGGGCGGCGGCGGCGGCCCCCGGGGAUGCGCCCGCCCGGCCACCGCGGGGUCCCCACGACGCGCCCCGCGCUGCUGUGGCUGCUGCUGCUCGUGCCGCUGCUGGGGGCGCCGCGCGGCGUGGCUGCGGGGACGGGCGCGCCGGCCGAGCUGCGGGUCCGCGUGCGGCUGCCCGACGGCCAGGUGACCGAGGAGAGCCUGCAGGCGGACAGCGACGCCGACAGCAUCAGCCUCGAGCUGCGCAAGCCCGACGGCACCCUGGUCUCCUUCACCGCGGACUUCAAGAAGGAUGUGAAGAUCUUCCGAGCCCUGAUCCUGGGGGAGCUGGAAAAGGGACAGAGUCAGUUCCAGGCCCUCUGCUUUGUCACCCGUCUGCACCACAAUGAGAUCAUCCCCAGUGAGGCCAUGGCCAAGCUUCGGCAGAAAAACCCACGGGCAGUGCGGCAGGCCGAGGAGGUUCGAGGCCUGGAGCAGCUGUACAUGGACAUCGCCGUCAACUUCAGCCAGGGGGGCCUGCUGAGCCCCCAUCUCCACAAUGUGUGUGCCGAGGCUGUGGAUGCCAUCUACACCCGCCAGGAGGAUGUCCAGUUCUGGCUGGGGCAAGGUGUGGACAGCUCCGUGUUUGAGGCUCUGCCCAAGGCCUUGGAGCAGGCGGACCUGCCUCGCUGCAGGCAGGUAGCAGACCGCGGGAAGCCCUGUGUCUGCCACUACGGCCUGAGCCUCGCCUGGUACCCCUGCAUGCUCAAGUACUGCCACAGCCGCGACCGGCCUGCGCCCUACAAGUGCGGCAUCCGCAGCUGCCAGAAGAGCUACAGCUUUGACUUCUACGUGCCCCAGAGGCAGCUGUGUCUCUGGGAUGAGGACCCCUAGCUGGGCUGGGUACGGGGUGGGCCUGGAGGUGGCUGUUCUGGGCCCGCCGCUCCUCCCCCAGCCACUAGAGGGUGGUGACCACUCCUGAGGCCUUAUUUCCUCCUCCCCACUGCCCUGGCCGGAGCCCUUGGGAGCCCCUCUGGCCCCAUCUGCCUCAACUGUGAAAUGGGUGUGGCCUAGCAGGGGGUCACUCAUGAAGGCAGCCCCCACUGCCACCCUGUGCCUUCCCUGGGGGCAGAGAGGGAGAAAGGGGCUCUCCAAACUGGCACCCCUCCCCUCCUUCAUCUCCCCCGAAGUGUUCACUUUCAAGCAGCCGGGAUGUGGUGGCCAUGAUUCUUCUGCAGAGCUCUUUCAAGGUGUAGACCCUAAAAGGAGGCUAGGCCUGUUGCGCCCACCUCCCCACACAUCUGGAAGGAGCUGGCCCCUCUGCACCUUCCUUCCCCCCAGCAAUGAGGGGAUCUUCACCCCCCAAGAGGGAGCUGUUGGGGACACAGCCCCUGUACCACAUUAUGGCACAUUCUUCUCAUUUCUGCCCUGGCCACAGCCGCCUAUGGGGCAGGUGGAGCCCUCCCGCCACUGAGACACUCCACUGUGCCUUGCCCCAGACCUGAACUUCGCCUCUAGAGCAGGCACCAGCUCUUUCCCCUCCUAACAGAAAUAUUUUUGUAAGCUUCUGGGGUGGGGAGGGAGCAUGAAGUAUGAGGAAAACUUGAAUUCCAGAUUUUUAAUGCAAAGUAUUUAUCAUUUGUACCAGAAAUAAAAGUUUUUAAGUUUUUACUUGAC